UCGAAAAAAAAAGACAAAACCCAAUCCCUAUUGAAUACAAUGAGACCCUUUUCUUCUUCUUCUUCUUCUUGUUGGGGGAUAAGAAGCCAAUAAGGGUUUUCUCUUCUCAAUUUCUCUCUUCUUUUUCUUCUCUAUAGAGAAAGAGAGAGCUCUUCAAAGAAAAUCUCUUCUUCUUCUUCAUAUCCCUUUUGGGGUUGAAGAAAAAAGAAGGAAAAAAACAAAGAGAGAGCGACAAAAAACCCUUUUGUGUUCCAAUUUUUGGAUACAUAUAUUACCCAUCCUUCCAUACAUAUCUUUUUUUAGGGAGUUAUUUUUUACUUUUUAACAAUGGAUUCGGGUUCUUCUGCUUAUUUGUCAAUGGUGGAUCCUUUCUUGGUUGAAGCCCUUCAAAACCCACGUCAUCGUCUUACCAUUCUAAGAAUGGAACUCGACAUUCAGAAGUUCUUGCUAAGUUCCGACGUGCAACAGUUUGAGUUCCCACAUUUUCCGACUUCCUACCUUCGUCUUGCUGCGCACCGUGUUGCUCAACACUAUGGUUUGCAGACUAUGGUUCAGGAUAAUGUUGUGGAUGGUCAGGGAGCCAAAAUCCUGGUGACAAGAAAACCUGAAAGCAAAUACCCUGCUGUGCGUUUAUCGGACGUCCCACCUAAACAAUCUGACAGUGACAAAUACGAGAAGAUGAAAAUAGUAAUACAACCAAGGCCGAGUAACACCUCUUCGAAAGAUAGUGAAUUGGGUGCAAAACGCAGUCAAGUAAGAACUGUGGAAGAGAGAAAAGAGGAGUAUGACAGGGCACGUGCACGCAUUUUUAAUAGUCCUAUUAACUCUGAGACUAGAGACAAUUUGGUUCGUGUUGCUUCUGACCUCAAGAACAACAUAGAUGAGAAUGAAUCUUCAAACAGGUUACUCUUGGAUAUGGAGAAAAGCAUCAGCAACAGAGAAGGUGGUACUUCUUCCCGAGUUGCCAUCUUUAGGGACAGGGAGAAAGAGCUGAGUGACCCUGAUUAUGAUCGGAAUUAUGUUAGAUAUGUUAAGAGUGUCCCAUCUGGUCAGUGCUUUAGCGUGGCACCUUUUGAUGUGCAGAAGUUUCAGCCUCCAUAUGUACAUUACGAUGCUGUUUUUCCUCAGAUGAGUCAGCUGCCCAGUGCUCAAGCUUCACCAAAUUACAGGAGCCCUGUUCUUAGCCCAUACCAUGCCAUGGGAUUCAAUCAGACCCUCAAUGAUGGAGUAUUCAUGCAGUGGCCAACCCAGAGCAUGAUUUAUGCACAUUCAUAUGAUCAAGUUAGGCAUGCCUUCUUUCAGCCUUCUUUCUGUCAGCAACCGCUAAGCUUUGGAUACUCCCAGAACCACAGUUGAUGUUGAAUGUAAUUUUUGUUCUCUCUUAGUGCUCUAUCCUGGUGUAGGUUAAAAAUGUAAUACUCUCUCUAUUAAACUUGGUGCUCUGCAUUAUUAGUCCCUUUUGCUUUUCAUUUUUUGGAACUCAGUUCGAGUGGAAGAAUUAAGUACUGACUUCAUAUGAACUACUAUAUGCAUUUGCUAUUAUUACUCCCUUACUAUUAA